AUGGAAGACAAGCCCACCGCAAGAGUUGUCACGGGACUCACUUCGGCCAAACCAUGGUGGAAAACCACCCACCUCAUCCACCUGAACCUCCUGAUAGCAAGCCUAAUCCUCUUCUCCAGCACAUUUGGCUAUGACCUGUCCCUGAUGAAUAGCCUCCAAUCCCUACCACAAUGGCAAACAUUCAUGGGCUACCCAGUAGGAAUAAAACUCGGCUUCAUAAACGCCCUGCAAAACAUAGGAAGCAUUAUCUUCCUACCAAUCCAAGCAUGGUCCGCCAACCGCUUCGGCCGAAAACCCACAAUCCUAGUCGGGUACAUCUUCCUCGUCCUCGGCGUGGGACUCCAAGCUGCCGCCCCAGACGCCAAUACAUUCAUAUACUCCCGGCUGCUGGUCGGUAUCGCCAGCGCCUGGUUCCAGUGCGCCGUCAUCCUCGUCACGGAAAUCGCGUAUCCGUCACAUCGCUCGCUCGUCACUGCCAUCUACAUGUGCCAGUACUAUGCAGGGUCCUCGCUGUCGGCGUGGGUUUCCUUCGGGAUGAGGAAUGUGCAGAGUAGCUGGGCUUGGCGCGUGCCUGUGCUUAUGCAGAUUGUGUUGCCGCUUCUUGCUUUGCCUGGGACGCUGUGUGUACCAAAGUCGCCGCGUUGGCUGAUUAGCUGUGGGCGGGUUGAGGAGGCGAGGAGUAUGCUGGUUAGGUUCCAUGCUGGUGGGGAUGAGGGGUCCCAGUUGGUGGCUUUUGAGAUAGAGGAGAUUAGCCAGGGUCUGGCGGCGGAGCGGAAGGCUCGACGGGAGGCACGCUGGGUUGAUUGUGUUAGGACUCCUGGGAAUCGGUAUCGGCUUUUCUUGAGUGUUUCUUUGGGUGUUUUUGCUCAGUGGAAUGGAGGAGGUGUGGUGUCAUAUUAUCUAACCCUUAUCCUCGAUACAAUCGGUAUAACCUCGUCCACAGACCAAACCCUUAUAAACGGCUUUCUCCAGCUCUGGAACCUGAUAAUGAGUGUGGUAGGCGCGUGUCUUGUCGACCGUGCUGGCCGCCGUCCGCUCUUCAUCACAUCGACUAUGAUAAUGCUUAUCAGCUAUAUCUUCAUCACCGCGCUAUCGGGAAGCUUCACGACGACGGGUACCAGCGCCGUAGGAACAGCUGUGAUCCCGUUCUUGUUCAUCUACUAUGCGGGCUACGAUAUCGCUUUCACGCCGCUGCUCUUGGCGUACCCGGCUGAGAUCUGGACGACCUCGCUGCGUGCUAAGGGUGUUGCUAUCUCCAUGAUCUCGAAUUAUAUAGCGCUGGUUUUCAAUCAGCUUAUUAACCCUAUUGCAUUUGAGAGGAUUUCUUGGAAAUAUUAUUUUGUGUUUUUGGUCGUGCUGCUUGUUGUGUUGGUUGUUGUUUGGAAGACUUAUCCUGAAACCAGAGGGAGGUCGCUUGAAGACAUUGCUUUUAUUUUUGAUGGGGAGGAGGCACGUGUUACUGGUGGUGAUGCUAGUAUGAUCGCGGAGAAAAGGCGUACUGAGAAAAUUGGACAUCGAGAGCUGUGA